UUACAUUACCCGACAAAGUGCGUAGUGAUGAGAAUUGGGAUGUUGGAUGGAUCUAUUGUGCAGGGUAGGAAAAGUAAUAAAUAUGAAACUAAACUAUACCACUAUCAAAAUUAACUACCACUAUCAUAUUCAUAUUCAUCCAUUCUAAUUACCUUCGACUUUUUUAUCUCUUCGCAGCGCCUUUUUCUUCAUUUCGUGAAACCAGUGCUGCUGCUGCAAUGGAUGCUAAAGCUGUUCAAACGUUGAAUCCCUCGGGUUCGAUCCGACCCGAAAAGUUUGGGAUAAGACCCGCUUUUUCAUUGAGUCGGCCCGGAAAUAUUCGGUUUAUUCGGCGCAGGAUUGCUCCUAUGGAGGUUUCCUGUUCUUAUAACAACAUUCCAGCUUCGAUAUUGAAAUCUGAAGGGCGCAAUGUUCCCCUUGAGGAAGAGUUGAUUCUGAAGAAUAGGUCGCAACAGAUCCAGCCUUAUUUAAAUGGACGCUGUAUAUAUGUUGUUGGAAUGAUGGGCUCUGGGAAGACAACUGUGGGGAAGAUUAUAUCGCAAGUGCUUAGCUAUUCAUUUUGUGAUUGUGAUACAUUGGUGGAGGAAGAGGUUGGUGCAAACUCCGUAGCUGAUAUAUUCAAGCUCUAUGGCGAAUCUUUCUUUCGUGAUAAAGAGACUGAGGCAUUGCAUAAGCUGUCCGUGAUGCAUAAAUUUGUCAUUUCUACUGGUGGAGGUGCUGUUAUGAGGCCCAUCAACUGGAAAUAUAUGCACAAGGGGGUUAGUAUUUGGUUGGACGUACCAGUGGAAGCGCUGGCAAAAAGAAUUGCAGCUGUAGGAACUAAUUCUCGCCCUCUUCUACAUUGUGAAGCAGGGGAUGCAUACACGGCAGCUUUGACACGUUUGUCUGCUCUUUUUGAAGAGAGAGGUGAAGCCUAUGCCAAUGCCAAUGCAAGAGUCUCAUUAGAAAAUAUAGCAACAAAACUGGGCCGAAGAGAUGUGUCCGAUUUGUCUCCAACUGUUAUUGCAAUUGAGGCGCUUGAGCAAAUUGGUAACUUUCUAAAGGCAGAAGAUGGUGGUUAUGCAAGAUACUAAUACAAUCUUGCGCAAGCAUGAUGUUUUGACUGUUUAUAUAUUUUUUUUCCUCUUCAAUUUGCAGUUUGCAAUUAAGGCCAUGCUGUUGUGCAGUGUUUUUUCUUAUAAAGUGUGGAAAAUAAAAAUAAAUGUAGCAUGGCACAUGUUUAUGCCCAAUUAAGCUUAAUCCGACAGCCCAACUGUUUUAAUUUCUAGGUUGAGCUUUGUGCUGUAAACCGAGUUUGGUUGAUCGGUUAAUGCGUGACAUCGUGUAAGAGAUUGUCUGUUGUAAAGUGACACUAUCUUCUAUUGGAGUCCAUGUUUUUUGAAGUAUGUACUCUUUUAGCA